AUGGCGAUCGAGGUCGACAGCCUCCUCCGCGGCCUCAUCCUCCUACUCGCCUUCCCGCUCAUCGCCGUCGCCUUCGUCUCCAGAUCCGACACGCCUUCGUUCAGCUCCACCACGCCCAACAGCGUGCUCCCCUCCAUCUCCAUAUUGGGAUCUACUUCAACAAAUUCUGCGGUUGAAGACAGAUUAGGAUCUACAUCAACAGGAUCUACAUCGAUCAAUGAUGGAUCGAUUAUGAAUGAUCUUAGAUAUCCAGGAGGCUCUCUUUUUGAUACGGAUUCAGAUUCGGAUUCAGAGCCAGAAUCAAAUAAUACCGCAGUUGAAGUGUCAUACUUACCUGAUUGUCCAUCCCAGCUAAAGCCUUACAUUGGACAUAUUUUUCUUAGACUUGAUGAUGCUACUGAGUUCUGUAAUAAGUAUGCACGACAUGUUAGGUUUGACACUCUUAAACAUGAAUCCAAAAAGAAGGGGGAUCAUGUCACAUGGUUGUAUGUUGUGUGCAGUAGAGAAGGUCAGAGGAAAAUGAAAAUGCAAGGGCAUGAGUCAAAACGUAGACGUUCUUCUAGGAAGUGUUUUUGCAAGGCUAAAAUUGCUUUUAAGUUUUGUAAAGGAAUUAGUUAUGUUGUCAAUCAAUUUGAUGAAAUACAUAAUCAUGAUAUGGUGGAGUUACGCCAUAAGCGAUUCAUGAGGCUGAAUCGCAACAUUGACCUAUUGCAUCAGAAAUUUAUUCUAGAUUGUGCAAGUGCAAACAUAGGCCCUACACUGACUUUUAAGUUGUUGAAUGAGGUUCUUGGUGGGCUGGAUUAUGUUGGUUGCACGGUUGUAGAAGUUAGAAACUAUAGGCACGACUUGAGAGCAUAUACUAGUGGGGCAGAUGCACAAAUGGUACUUAAUGAGAUGAGCCGGAAGAAAGAGAAUUGUCCAGCAUUCACCUAUGAUUUUGAGGUGAACUCUAAGGAUAUGCUCACUCGUCUUUUCUGGUGUGACCCCAUUGCUAAGAAGAAUUUCCAUCUCUACGGAAAAGACAACCAUGGGAGACCUGUAGCAUUUGGUGCAGACUUAUUAUCUAAAGAAAAUGCUGAUUCCUUCACAUGGUUGUUUGAACGUUUUGUCAAAUGUAUGGGUUCUGCACCAAAAUUGAUCAUUACUGAUCAGAAGGUUGCUGUGGAAAGAGUCCUUGUUGAUACAAGACAUCGAUGGUGCAUGUGGCACAUCAUGUUCAAGGUUGUGGAAAAUUUACCAAAGAAUCUACUUGGCAAUGCAGACUUGAAAAAGGAUUUAAACAAUUGUGUGUGGUAUGAGUUGAUAGAGCCUGAAGAAUUUGAUGAAGAAUAG